UUAAAGCCUUGUAUAGAGUGCAUCUGUAGGGUUUUACAUAAGAAAUGUAUGUAGUAUGCCCCUGUAUCGCUACACGUGGGUUGCCAAUAAAACAACAUUACACACUUUUAUGGAGGCAGAAUUGACUAAGGAAAUGAAUGUUCACUUCUCCACCCUCAAGUAGAGACAGAUUGAGAAACUUCAAUCAAUGUCAAAAAACAAACCACUAGUCUGGUAUAAAACAGCUGGAGAAACCUAGUAGGUUUGGCAGAAACUGAAGAGAGAAAACAAUAACAUUCUAGAUUCAGUUAACAUUUUGGAAUAUUUAGGUGUAGGUAUGUUUCAUUUGCAAUUUGGGCAAACAAUCUACCAAAAUAAAUUCUUCAGCUUAUUUCAGGAGCCAGCUUUAGUGUCUCACCCAGUGAAUUGCAUACCCAUCUAAAUAGUACUUAUAGCGAGCAGAUUCAACUUUAAUCCUGAUUGCAUAAACCUACCCGCAAUAGUGUUUCUUUGUUUAAAAUCCCACCUGUAGAGUCGAGAGGUUUUCCUUAGACCUGAGUGCCAGGCUGGUUUUGUUGCACCACUCAAAACCCAAGUUUGCUGCGCUGACAUUACUUUUUUGCUGUUAUUUUUCUAAUUUCAUGUUUGAUCUACUCACUCUCUCAGACACAACACAUCAAUUGCAUUUGUUACAGUUUUUUUUUGUUGCGUUGCUGACCAGAUUUCAUUGUUAUAAUAGCAACUUUUAUUUGGUACUUUUAAGUUUAGUGAGAUGCUUCUCCUUGUUAAACCCGAUAUUAUCUUGCAUGUGUGUCAUUAGACUUGAUCACUCAUACUCUAUUACAUUGUUGGUACUCUUGAUAAUCUUUAGCUCUAUCAAUUAAGGAAAAUAAACUUUAGAUUUAUAUUGGUCUUUUUGACAUUAUCAGUGAAGUACUUUAAGUGUAAUUGUUGCAAAACAAUGCUUUUGUGUCUGCAUUUUAAAUUCGUGCCCUUCUUGCUCCCAGAUUUGAUCUAAUCCAUCUCCGUCCUGGUCUCCACAUGGUCUGAAAUCCUGCAAAGUAUAGUCAUUUUAAUCAACCUGUUUGGACAUGUUGUGGUACAUGUUUGGGCAACUUGAAUCCAGUCCUUCUGGAUCACAGGGAGAUUUACUUCUGCAUUGCAAGAGUCUGAUCCUAUAAACUCUGGCUAAGAAAAUAUUUAGCAAUAUUUCUGCUGAUCCAGCUGGAUUUGCUGCAGAAUAUAUCAAGCACUAAAUGCCCCUUUUGACUGUGUGGCUGAGUUCUCUGCUGUGCUUCGAUGUUGUCACUCUAAUUCUUGCAAGGACCAGCACUUCAUCUUAACCAUGGCUCAGAUCCUCCAUCUCGAGAUUCCAAAUUUUGGGAACAAUGUCCUGGGAUGCCUGAACGAACAGCGGUUAAUGGGGUUGUUUUGCGAUGUCUCUAUCGUUGUCAAAGGUCAAUCCUUCAAGGCGCACCGUGCUGUGCUGGCUGCCAAUAGCCUUUAUUUCCGGGACUUGUUCAGUGGCAACAGCAAAAGUGCAUUUGAGUUGCCCGCCAUGGUGCCACCUGCCUGCUUUCAGCAGAUCCUUUCCUUUUGUUACACUGGCAAGCUCACCAUGGCAGCUAGUGAGCAGCUGGUGGUGAUGUAUACAGCAGGCUUCCUGCAAAUACAACGCAUUGUUGAGAAAGGAACUGAACUGAUGUUCAAAGUGAGCUCCCCACACUGUGACUCUCAGACCACCUCCAUUGAAGACACUGGCUCUGAACCACAGAGUCCUUGUCCCCUACAGCCACCUGCCACUCCAACAGUUGUGUCUCCAGCUUUGCCCAUUCCGUUGCUUUCUCGAGUGAAGAGUGAACACUGUGAGCAAGAUCUGACAGCACCUGGCAUUCAUACACUUGCAACAAAGCGCUCACUGGAUGCCAACCUGCGUGAGAGUGCCAGUCACCUAAACUGUGCGACACCUUUGAAGUUGCCCAGAGUUUCCUAUUCUGGAUCCUGGGGAACCACAUCUUAUGUGCAGCCGGUAACCUACGUUCAAGCAGAGCGCACAAGCCCAGGUGGAAGCAGCAAUCAGACCACAGACAGUCCAACCUCCUACCAUAAUGAGGAAGAGGAUGAUGAUGAUGAAGCAUAUGAGACAAUGGGAGAAGAUCAGUAUGGACAGAUGUACAUCAAGGCAUCAACAGGAUAUCCUGUUCAAGAGAAGGUUGGGCAAUUGGCAAACCACAUGCCAGUAGAGAAUCGCUCCUGUGUGCUUGUUCGCCGUGAUUUGGUUGCACUCCCUGCUAGUCUCAUCAGUCAGAUUGGCUACAGGUGUCACCCGAAGCUAUACUCUGAGGGUGAUCCUGGUGAGAAACUUGAACUUGUCUCAGGUUCAGGAGUUUAUAUCACACGAGGUCAGCUGAUGAACUGCCACCUCUGUGCAGGGGUUAAGCACAAGGUCCUCCUCCGUCGCCUGCUUGCCUCAUUCUUUGACCGCAACACUUUGGCAAAUAGUUGCGGCACAGGGAUCCGUUCCUCCACAAGUGACCCCAGCAGAAAGCCUCUGGAUAGCAGAGUCUUGAAUGCAGUGAAAUUAUAUUGUCAGAACUUUGCUCCCAACUUCAAAGAAAGUGAGAUGAAUGUGAUUGCUGCUGACAUGUGCACUAAUGCUCGACGGGUUCGCAAGCGUUGGCUUCCCAAGAUCAAAUCCAUGCUCCCUGAUGGAAUGGAAGUAUAUCGCACUGUUAUCGGAGAUGCAAAUGGUGGAAGCAGCUUGGACCCGGAGCUCUAUGGAACUGGGUCAACAUUUGAGCAAAGUAGUCAAGCUGAGAAGAGGAAUGAUUCUGGGACUGUACUCGGAGAAAGAGCAAACCCUGUAAGCAUAGACGUAGAGUCCCCCAAAUCUGAGCAGUCAUGUGAACAGAAUGAAAUGAUGGAGUCAGUAAUAAGAGAAGCUGCUGGCACUAAUGUUUUGCCCCUAGACACACCCAACACAGUCCACACUUUUGACCAAGAGGACACUUCCUCUAACAAUAGAUCUGAAACACCCAUGCGGAAACUGGAUGGAACAUAUGCAGGGACCUUGUGAAGAUUUCCACUCUGGUCAGAAGGAAACGCAUCUUGUUAUUUGAAAUGGCUUGCAUGCAUACUAACCCUCUCAACAUUUGGCAGUGUUAUUAAGCCACUGACCUGUACCCGUUGCCUGAAGACAUAACUUUUAUCCCACCUGUAUACGGUAUGCCGUGAAGAAAUGAAGACGCCUUUAUAACACUGAAACAGAUCUUCCCAGUUCAACUUUGUCUUAACAAAAAGACAACAGAAUUUGCAGUCUCUCUGCCCUUUGAAAGGCCCAAACAAGGAGCAACUGUGGUAAUUUGAAAGUUGCCUUUCAAGCUGGUAAAUGGUAUCCAGAUCAUUUGAGCACUGUUGGUCCAUUAACAGACUCCUAAAAUGGAACUGACUUACACAUAGCAAAACACACUAACUGGGUGAAAAAUAAGAUUGGAAAGUGUAUAGUUCUUAGGGGGAAAAAAAAAAGUUCUCAUCGUUAUCAGUCUGGACAUCAACACUCUUCUCAUAUCGCCAAGGCCAAGUAAACUGCUCCAGUGUGUGAUCGCUUAUCUAGCUAGAAUUUGGUAUUUAGCAUAAUAUGACAUUUUUUUUCCAGACAUAUAAAUAUAUAUACAAACUGAUGUCAUAAAUGAUUAUGACGCAAGCAUUUGUUUUUCAGCUGGUAAGAAGUCAUGGAAGUAUUCUGCUCAUGUUUACUGGGAAUGUUUUGGGCAUUUUACAGGUCAGAGGGCAGCAGUUUCAGGAAAGCAGCUUGGACUUUAAACCUCCCUGGGUUUGAUGAAGUAAGAAGUGUUUAAUGUGGUGGGCGGGGGGGAAGAAAGGUCCAAUCAGAAUCUUAAAUUGAGUGAAGAAUGCGUGACCAAGGGUGUCUGCAUGCUGUGACUAGACUGAUCAUGCUUAAGAUGUAGAUUAUCAUAAAAUAUUUCAUAGAUUGUAAACACGCAAAACCAUGUGCCUUAGAUAUUUGAUUUAUUCCCUGUUUGGAAAGAAAAAUCCCAUCCUAUUUGAGCUGAUUAUUUUUGUGAAUGUGUAAAAGAGUACCCAUAGUAUUUAAGUGACUUAACAGUAUUUAUGUAUAAUACAGAUUUGUUCACUAGUAUGUGAAUUUUCCAAAUAGUUCCUACUUUGUUUGAGCAGCACUGGUAUAAAAACAGUGCUGUUAAUAAGACUGUUAGCAAAAUGCACUUUGCGGAAAAUAUUUUUGUUUUUCUUCUGACCAAACUGAUCAUUCCCUUGACCGAUCUAAGUCAUUUUUAAAUAGAAGUCGAAAGUGCCAUUCGACAGCUUGGCCAUAUAACCUUUGCAACUUGAACAUUUUGAGAUACACUGUAACGAUGCACUUUAUCGUACAUGCUAGAAGGUUAUCAAAACAUUUUGGUCAAUCGUGCGUCCUCUAAUAUAGUUAAUAUUUUCCUACUUUUUAUUUUUGAAGAGGAGUUGCCAAGUUGAUUAAACAGUAACUAGACUUCUAUCUGCAUUACUAAAAUAGGAACACUUCCUUAGAGUGAAUAACAGUGAUAUCAUUGUCUGAAAUGCGCCUUCAGAAUGCUGACUCUCAUGCCAUUGGUAAAUUGUCCUAUGGUUAUCCUAUCUCUUUCCAAUUCAUGUGAUGCUUACUGAAUAAAAUGAUAUAAUGUAUAAA